CUACAACUUACGUAUCCUUUGCCUACAACAAGCAUUAAAAGAAAACAAAGUAUUGCCAAAAGAAGCGAUAAAACGAAGAAUAAUAAAUUUCUGAAAAAGAAAAAGGUCGUUUCAAUAUGGUGGAUUUAGAUGAAUGGAUUGCAACGGUUCGAAAAUGUAAAUAUUUACCAGAACAUCAGUUAAAACGCUUAUGUGAGAUGGUGAAGGAAAUACUGAUGGAAGAAUCGAAUAUUCAACCCGUAAGAACUCCCGUUACCGUCUGCGGAGAUAUUCACGGUCAAUUUUUCGAUCUUUUAGAAUUAUUCCGUGUCAGUGGAGAACUACCGUCAACUAAUUACAUCUUUAUGGGCGAUUUUGUAGACCGCGGUUAUUUUAGUUUGGAAACAUUUACAUUGUUUAUGUUAUUGAAAGCCAGAUAUCCUGAUAAAAUUACACUUCUCCGUGGAAAUCACGAAAGUAGACAAAUUACACAGGUGUAUGGAUUUUAUGACGAGUGUCAAACGAAGUAUGGUAAUGCAAAUGUCUGGAAAUACUGCUGCCAAGUAUUUGAUUUUCUAACUCUGGCUGCAAUCAUUGACAACAAAAUUCUAUGUGUGCACGGUGGCUUAUCCCCUGAAGUUCGUACAUUAGACCAGAUUCGUAUACUGGCUCGUGCUCAAGAAAUUCCUCAUGAAGGCUCGUUUUGUGACCUUAUGUGGUCGGAUCCCGAAGACAUUGAGUCUUGGACUGUAUCGCCCCGUGGUGCUGGCUGGCUGUUUGGUUCAAAAGUCACUAGCGAAUUUAGUCACAUCAAUGAUUUAAAGCUGAUUGCUAGGGCACACCAGCUAGUUCAAGAAGGAUACAAGUAUCAUUUUGAUGAAAAAAAUCUGGUUACUGUUUGGAGUGCUCCGAACUAUUGCUAUCGGUGCGGUAAUGUUGCGAGUGUUAUGAAAGUAGAUGAUUCUUUAGAACCUGAUUUUCGCAUAUUUUCUGCUGUACCGGAUGAAGACAGAACUGUUCCCCCAAGUCGGAAAAGAAGUGAAUACUUCAUUUAGAAUAGCUACAGUGCUUUGGGUUUCUUGCGAUGUAUAGGUUGUUUUUCCAAUUUAAUAUGGUUGAUCAUCAUUUCAUCUAUUUUCCUAUAGGGUUAAUUUCUCAUAUUCAUUUCCUCCGCUUCUUUUUUUUUUCUUUCUACUCUUCUCUUAUGCUUGUCCUUCUGCCCCCAUUAAUCUACCGUCGUUGUUAUAAUCUAAAAGGCGUCUAAUUUUAAGAAUGUCUAAGCAUCUUUGUCUGUCUUUUCUUUGAUUUAAAAAAAAAACGAUAGCAUUUUCCUCAACUAUUCUAUGUACUUUUUGCUCAAUGAAAUUUCUGUUGAUAUAUAUCGAUACAUAUAUUUGCGUGGGCAAAACCGGGAAGUUUUUCUAAGGUAAUAUAAAAAAUGUUUCAGAAGGCUUAUCAGGAACCCAAAAGAGUUUUGAAUUUGAUUUUGACAACCAGUCGAUGAUGAGGUGGUUCCAAUGGAUAGUACCUUUAAGGGCAGUGAUUAGGAAAGCUGUAUCUUGCUUUUGAGACAUUGUAUGAAUGAUACAAUUAUGGAAUAAAGUAAGUCUAUUGAUCAUAGAUUUUUAAAUUGCAAAAAUGCAAUGCUUUUUACUAAAAGCAACCAAAACGAGCUCGAGAAAGUUUUUACCUAAAAUGGCUAUUUUCUUGAAAAAAAAACCCCCGUGAAAACAAAGCACGCUUAAAUAAAUGUGAUUUAAGUGCUGAAUAAUGUUGUCAUCAUCUGUUGUUUUGGUCCUUGUGUUUGGAUUACUUGUUGCUUUUACUUGAAGGAUUAGGGUUUAUACCGACUUUAUUGUGCAAUACUUUCUUGUCAGUGUUAUAAUAGGAUUUGCUAUUUCAUUCUAACAUGUUGCCAAUUGGAAAGGAACAUAAGGAAUUUAGAUUAUGUUCAACCAACCAUGUGUUGAUCUUGUAUGUGCUCGAAACUAAGCUUUAUGUCGGAUCUGGGGAAAAAGUCAAGUCACUACUAUGAAAAAUAAAGACCUUAAUGCUCCAGAUUUUGAGCGAUAAGAGACGGUUGUUUGAUUGUCUCGAUCCGCAGGCGUGAAAAGUUCGACACCUGGAUAUGAAAUUGAAUUUCUACAACGAUUAAUGAAUAUAGAAGUUAUAGCUCAACUAUGAUUCUAGUGACGAAGCUAAGUGUAGAUGAAGCGUUGAUGGUUUCAUGUGAAAGGAAAUUCCAAGAAAAAGUUACUUUUUAAUAGAUUUCAGUAUUUGAUACAUGAUUUAUCGUCAAAUGACAACCAUAUGGAUAUUUUUUGAAAUUGUGUUUUGUCCUUUAAUCUGCCUUGUAAUGAGACUGCACAUAUGUUUAUUAUUCUUCCUUUCUUCCUAUUGGUGUUGUGUUACAAAACACGCGAUUUAUGAAUCCAAGGUUUGGUAAAUCUGACAUUCACUGAUCGCUUUUCGUUAGUAACUUUAAUGGAGAAAAUCCUGUUGAUUUCGUCAAGGUAAAAUAGUACCUUAAUAUCAAUAUACUUUUUUAUGUACCAUUUGAACAUUCUAUAUGCUAUAGCAGUUGAUUAGACUAAGGCCCGACAUCAUCAUGUAAAUAGACUUGAAGUUUCUUUUUGUCAACGUCAAAUACCUAAGAAUACAAAUACUCUAAAUUUAAAAUUUCUAAAUAUCGGAAUUAAUUAUACUUUGCUUAAUUUAAUUAUGUUCAAUGGAAUUAAAAGUCAUCUUUCCUUGGCCAUUGUUGGACGUACAAUUGACAGUCUAAAUAAUUGUGUGCUUGUUUUAUAAUAAUAAUACAAAUAUUAACGAACUUUGAGACCGUUCAAAAAAAAAAAAUUCAAUCACCUUUCGUUUUCGACGAAAUGUUUUGUAAAAAAGUAAAAUCCACAACCAUGUUGGAUUCAGUUACUUAUAUGAAAGAAAGAAAUAACAGCGGAUAAAAUAAACUAUGAGCAGUCGACAAAAGAUUCGAAACUCUCAUCGUCCCUGCUUUUUUAUUUUCUUUUUAUUAGUAUCUUGAAUUUUACUGAAGAAAGGGAAAAAUAUGUACUUUUGACUGAAUUAUUUCGAAAUAAAAAGCCGUGAUACUUCGCUAAGAGCCUAUCCGGAUUUUUAGUGUGAGCAUAUAUGCGUGUGGAGAAAAUAAAGGCUGCUUCUUCUAACGUUAUGUAAGGAUCAAAAGAUUGAGUGCACUUGCGAAAUCAGGAACGCAUAAUCAAUUCAAACUUUGUUUCUUCGACAUCGACGUAGAUUAGAACAGAACUUUUGCAAGCUACAGGACUAUAACCUGGUAAAUAUCAAUCAUUUUACAUACUAUGAUUUCCACCCUUUACAAUAUCUACUUAUAUUUUGAUUGCA